AAUAAAUACUGAGGUGAAUUAAACACACUAAAUCACGAUUCACGCACAUCCUGCCUGUAAAUUUAUUACAGAUCUCUUUGCUUAAUCACAAGCUCAAAGAUCACACAAAUGUUAUAAAUAUCAAAUCUUUUUUCACAAAUUGCAGGUCAAGAUUCAAGAAAAACCAUGAAAAACAUGAUUUUUAAUUGUUUUUUCAUAUUUUUCUUGAUUGGAUUCACUGUGUUGGGCAAAUGUGCAAAUGGGUAUGAAUUUUUUGAUACAAAUUCAACAAAAAUGUUGUCAUUUGUAGAAAAUUAUUCUAAUUUUAAUCAGUCUGCUGCUGGUUAUUAUAAUCCACUUUAUGUGGGUCUUACUUUGAUUCGUGGAGCUGCUGCAAAAGGUGCAGUAUGCUUGGAUGGAACAUUACCCGGGUAUCAUUUACACCGUGGAUACGGUUCGGGUGCAAACAGUUGGAUCGUUCAUUUGGAGGGUGGAGGAUGGUGUAACAGCAUUAGAACUUGCGUUUAUCGCAAGACAACAAGACGUGGAUCUUCGAACUAUUUUGAAAAACAGUUGGCGUUUACAGGGAUUCUGAGCAAUAAGGCUCAAGAAAAUCCAGAUUUUUUCAAUUGGAAUCGGGUGAAGAUUCGUUAUUGUGACGGUGCAUCUUUCACCGGGGAUUCCGAAGAUAAGGUUCAUGGAUUGCAAUUUAGAGGACAAAAAAUAUGGUUGGCGGCCAUCGAAGAGUUGAUGUCAAAAGGAAUGCGGUAUGCUAACCAGGCACUUCUUUCCGGAUGCUCUGCGGGUGGCCUUGCCUCUAUUUUACACUGUGACGAGUUCCGAGGUUUUUUCUCAAGAAGAACUAGAGUCAAGUGUUUAGCUGACGCUGGAAUGUUCAUGGAUGCGCGCGAUGUAGCUGGUGGACACACACUAAGAAACAUGUAUAAUGGUGUUGUUACAUUACAGGGGUCUGGUAAAAACUUGCCAAGAACGUGCACCAACCACCUCGAUCCAACUUCCUGCUUUUUCCCGCAAAAUAUUAUCUCGAAUCUCAGAACGCCUAUGUUCCUCCUAAAUACAGCCUAUGAUUCCUGGCAGAUCAUCGCCAGUUUAGCUCCACCAACGGCUGAUCGUCGCGGGACUUGGAAGGCGUGUCAAAAGAACCCUGCAAGUUGUUCACCUUCACAAUUAAAUUUCCUUCAAGGAUUUAGAAACCAGAUGCUGAAUUCGGUCAAAAGAUUCUCAAUGUCGAGACAGAACGGAUUGUUCAUAAAUUCAUGUUUUGCUCAUUGCCAAUCAGAAAGGCAGGAUACAUGGUUUGCUGAUAAUUCCCCUCUUCUCGGAAACAAGCCGAUUGCAUUGGCGGUUGGAGACUGGUAUUUUGAGCGUUCAGCUGUCAAAAAAAUAGACUGCCCGUACCCAUGUGACAAAACAUGUCACAACCUCGUAUUCAGAGCAUAAAACCUCGGUCAGGGCCGCAGGCUAGUUACAUCAUUUUUAAUAGAUUAUAUGAAUAAUUUUCAUAUUGUAUUUUACUCAUUAGUUUAUUGAAUCUCUUUGAGAUCGGAGAGGAAUAUGUAUGAGGGAGAAUUAUUCAUCAAGUUUGUAUUUCUUCACAUUCUCUCAAAACUAGAGUGAGUGUGACUUAUUUAUUAUAUAGAAAAGACUCGAUUA